AGCGAUCCGCCCCACUCGGCCUCCCAGAGUGCUGGGACUGCUGGCCUGAGCCACCGCGCCCCGCCCCGAGCUCAGGCUUGAAGUAGACUGAAUCUGGAAACGGAAAACAGCGAAUUGUCAGAGCUAGAGUCCCGCCCAACAUCAGUUUGAGGAGCAGUCUAAGUAGAAGGAGAGAAGGAGAAUGGAGAAGGCACGGGGCUGGAGGGACCAAAGUUCCCCGAUGGCGGCCCGGGAGUGCGGGGCGUCGCGGCUGCUGCUGCUGCUGCUGGCGGCGGGCGGGGCGCGUGCGCUGUGGAGCGGGGAGGGCACCAGCCCGCAGCUGCAGGCCAUCUUCCUGGGCCGCUGCGCCGAGUACCGCGCGCUGCUGAGUCCCGAGCAGCGGAACAAGAACUGCACAGCCAUCUGGGAAGCCUUUAAAGUGGUGCUGGCCAAGGAUCCCUGUUCUGUGCUUCCCUCGGACUAUGACCUUUUUAUUAACCUCUCCAGGCACUCUAUUCCCAGAGAUAAGUCCCUGUUCUGGGAAAAUAGCCACCUCCUUGUUAACAGUUUUUCGGAUAACACCCGUCGUUUUAUGCCCGUGAGCGAUGUUCUGUAUGGCAGAGUUGCAGAUUUCUUGAGCUGGUGUCGACAGAAAAAUGCCUCUGGACUCGAUUACCAAUCCUGCCCUACAUCAGAAGACUGUGAAAAUAAUCCUGUGGAUUCCUUUUGGAAAAGGGCAUCCAUCCAGUAUUCAAAGGAUAGUUCUGGGGUGAUCUACGUUAUGCUGAAUGGUUCAGAGCCAACAGGAGCCUAUCCCAUCAAAGGUUUUUUUGCAGAUUAUGAAAUUCCAAACUUCCAGAAGGAAAAAAUUACACGAAUUGAGAUCUGGGUUAUGCAUGAAAUCGGGGGACCCAAUGUGGAAUCCUGUGGGGAAGGCAGCAUGAAAGUCCUGGAAAAGAGGCUGAAGGACAUGGGGUUCCAGUACAGCUGUAUUAAUGAUUACCAACCAGUGAAGCUCUUACAGUGUGUGGACCACAGCACUCAUCCUGACUGUGCCUUAAAUUCGGCAGCAGCCACUACUCAAGGAAAAGUCCCACUUUUUUAUGCAGAACAAAGUGUGGGUCUUAUCGUUCUGCUCCUGCUGGCUCUUGCUUCAGGGACUCAACUGUAACUGGAAACUGUGCUGCUCGAACCCUAGCCCUGCAGCCUGCCCUUGCAGUCAUCAUUCCUGUUCUGUGUAUAUCAAAGGAUUCUGUUGUCUAAAGUGGAUUUUUGUUGGGAAAACCAUGUCCUGAAAUGGUAUUUCAAGGGCAUAUAUGCUCAGGAUUUCAGAAACAAGAAAUUAGUUCUAUACAGCAGGUUAAAAAAAUGCUGCAUUAGAAUUAAAGCAAGUUAUUUUCUUAUUUUUACAGUGACACAAAGCACUAAGAAUCAGACUGCUUGUAUAUUAGCAAACAUUUUUAGAGCAUUCUAAUAAAACUGUAUGUUACAUCAUCUAUUUUUCCUGUAUCUCCAGCAGUGCGCACACUGCAUGCUUAUUGAUUGCUCAAGACAUAUGUACACUAUAUAAAUGUAUGCAUAUAUAUUUGGCCUGCAAAGAUUUCAUUUGUUUGGUAUAAAGAUGUUCAGGUAAUGGUUUUUUGUUUUGUUUUGUUUUGUUUUUUGAGAGAUGGAGUUUCGCUCCUUUGCCCAGGCUGGAGUGAAGUGGCAAGGUCUCAGCUCACUGACCUCCACCUCCAGGAUUCAAGUGCUUCUCCUGCCUCAGCCUCCCAGGUAGUUGGAUUUUCAGGUACCUGCCACCACACCCAGCCAAUUUUUGUAUUUUUAGUAGAGAUGGGGUUUCACCAUGUUGGCCAGCCUGGUCUCGAACUCCUGACUCCAGCUGAUCCACCUGUCUCGUCCUCUCAAAGUGCUAGGAUUACAAGUGUGAGUCACCACACCCAGCCUUAAUAGUUAUUUAUAAUGAGGGAAAAAUCCAAAAUAUUCAAUAAUAUUUACAUAUUUAUUGAAACUGUUGGGAAUUUGUAUUAGUUCAUUCUUGGAUUGCUAUUAAAAAACUACCCAAGACUGGGUAAUUUACAAAAAAAUAAAAAUAAGAGGUUUGACUCACAGUUCCACAGGCUGUACAGGAAGAGUGGCUGGGGAGGCCUCAGGAAACUUACAAUCAUGAUUGAGGGCAAAAGGGAAGCAGGCAUGUCUUACAUGGCCAGAGAAGGAGAAUGGGGGUGAAGAGGGAGGUGCUACGUGCCUUCAAAUAACCAGAUCCCAUGAGAACUUUGUCACAAGACAGCACUAGGAGAUGGUGCUAAACCAUCAGAAACCACCUACAUGAUCCAGUCACCUCCCACCGACCCCACCUCCAACACCGGGGAUCACAACUCAAUAUGAAAUUUGGGUGGGGAUACAGAGCCAAACCAUAUCAGAACUAUUUACAUGGGUUUUAGUAUAUUUGUAAUAUGGAGUAUCGUUCAACAAGUGAAAGCCAUGUUUGCCAACUCAAAUGCCCUUCAAAUGGUGAAUGAAUAAACUAACUGGUAAAUCUAUACCAUGGAAUACUACUCAGCAGUAAAAGUAACUAUCUUGGUAUAUGCAGCAAUAUGGAUGAAACUCAGAUGUGAGAGGUGCCACACCAAAAGGCUACCAAUUGUAUGAUUCUGUUUAUAUGACAUCCCCAAAAAGGCAAAACUAUAGGAGUGGAAGCAGACCAGUGAUUGUGGGGGUGGCGAUGAUUAGGACUAGAGGGCGGCACUACCUGCAAAGUGACACUAAGAAAAUUUUGGGAAUGAUGGAACUACUCUGUCUUGAUUGUGGUGGUGAUUACGUGAAUCCAUGUAUUUGUCAACACUCAUGGACCUGCUCAUGAAAAAGAGUAAAUUUUAUUGUAUGUAAACUAAAAAGAAAUGUUUUCAAGGAAGAUUUAAUCACAUAGGAAAAUAUGUAAGUGAUAAAAUAGAAAACUUUAUUAUAUGAUGCAAAUGUCUAAAGUAUGAUACAAAUUUAAUAAAGUAUGAAUGUGUGUGCAGAUGAUAUACAUAUAUUGUAAACAAAUGGCAAAAAAGAAAAUAAACCAAAAAGCAAAGGAGUUUUCUCCAGACA